CACAAGGAAGCAAAAAGGAAAAUUUUCCUGGGACUCAGUCUUACGGUGCUGCUGAGCAAACAGGAGAAAACAGAGCCAAAGCUGAAUCAAGGCAAACCAGAAGAAGGGCACGGAUUGUAUACAGUACUGGACAAUGUCUGUGCCUCCUAGAGUUGUUUACAAGAGGAGGCAGACAAUCACGGCUUUGCCUCUCUAUUACUCCGGACACCUUCUAAAAAAACGCCCCAAAGAGAAAGAUUUCAAGCGGUACUAUGGAGAGCUCAGAGGAGCAACACUGUUUCUGUACGAAGAUGACACUCAGGACACAUACACAGAAAGGUUGGACUUGGAGCACCUGAAAUCCAUGGAGUUAGAGUCCCCUUAUCAAAGGAAGGCCCCAACCCCAACCAUCUUCACCCUCAGCCUGCACACAGAGGAGUUGCAAUUAAAGAUGGACAAUGCUGACACUGGAGAGGAGUGGAGGGGCUACAUCCUUACUGUGGUCAAAAAGCAGAUUCCCAGUAAGCUGCAACUGCUGCCAGGCCAGCUGCAUAAGUUAAAUGAGGUUCUGUAUGAGGAGAAGAAAAGAAACCCCCAAACAUCUCGCCCAGCCCUCCCACCUCGACCACCCUUCCUACAGUCCUCAGGUUCAGCUGCCAGCUCCUCUUCAACGUCUGAAACCAAGUCAGCCUCUGUGAUGCCUGAAUGUUUUUUUGAUGUAACUCGAGAGGAGGCAAAGCUGAUGCUGGAGGAAAACCCAGAGAAUGGAAGCAUCAUCCUUCGCCCGUCCACCUUGGCCAACAACUAUGCGCUGACUCUCAGACAGCAGACAGACAGUGGGCCUGACAUAAAGCACUACAGGGUGACUGCCAUGAACUCAAGGUUUGUCAUUGAGCUGGAAACACCUGUAACGGUCUCCUCCUUGAAUGAUGUUCUUAAAUACUUCCUUGAGAAGACUGAGUAUCGUUUCCAUCCCUACAUUCCUUCCCAGCCCUAUGACACUCGCAUCGAAGUGUCGCCUCCUCCGAAGUGCAUCAGCAUCAACUCAUCUAAAGCAGUACCCAAGGCCCAAGUGGCACCUAUACUGCGGUCCAAAACUAAAGAGCAGCUUCUUCCACCUACACCCAAGCCUGUAGAGAGUGAAUAUGUGAUUCCUGAUGAAUGUCCUGAUGACCAGCACCAAAUGAAAGCCCAGUUGGACGGUGAGCUUCAAGAGGUUUUAAAAAUGCGAAGAGAAAACAUCUACAUUGAAGUUGGAAAGGACGGAGUCAACACCUACAAGAAUCAAACCCACGUGAAAUCCCAAAUAAACACAAUACCAUGGAAUACAGACAGUACUGAUGCAUAAACCUCACAACCUCAUCAAAUCUAAGGUUAAACUUGAACACACAGCUGAGAGAUUUUAUGUUUCCUGUGCAGACUGGUUUGCUGCUCCCGACAAAGCUGAAAUGUGUUGUAGUUAACUGUAAAAAAAAAAGUAAGUAAAACAUGAACAAUUUCACAAAAAAGUGAUAUGUAUUUACACAAAGCUUAGGUUUGUGAAUGAUUUAUGACUUACCACACUGCUUUGCUUGGUUAGUGAUAUAAAUUAACAGCCCAAGUUAUUUGAUCUGAAACCGAAAGUGCAAACAAUGACAAGUCAGAGAUUAAGUGAUUAUAGAAAAUUCUUAAGUGACUGUAAAUUUCACAAUAUCUGUAAUCCACAUGUGGUUAAUAAGACCCAGAAAGCCAAGACAAAUGAUCUGCACAUAAAUUUGAGGACAUAUUAAGGGUUCACCAAUGGAAUCUGGUUUUAUCCUGAAUAUUUGUAAUCACCUAAAUGUCUCAUUACAGUUCAGCCAAAGACGGGCUCUUAAAAUCAGAUCUGCUGAUGCUUCUUGAGUCUGUACAAAACAUUAUUUGGACAAUUUGGACACAGAAAAUGUUCAGCGUCAUGUUAUCUGCAUUCUUUCCUAUAGUACUAUAUUGUUUGUAUACCACUGCAUUAGAUCAGGCUCUCUAGAGGACUUUUUAUCUAAAUGACAUCACAGAUAAAAUGACUUGAUUAGUUACCCAAGAUGUAAAACACAUGGUUUUCUUUGUUUUUUCUUUUCACAAGUGUUUCCUGCUCUUUUGUUGAUGUUUUGUACCUCUGAUGUAUGCAGGAUAAAACACCAUCUCAGCCUCAGCAGCAACUUUCUGUAAAACAAUUUUUAAUUCACAGGCCAAAGGUUUAUCUGUAAGUGAUUGUGUCCAGCGGUCCACAGAUACCUCAACCCCAAAUCCUCACAUUUCUGAAAACAAUUUGCCAAAAAGUCAGAUUUUUUUUUUUUAAAUUACACAACUUCCAGUAUGUUUCCAGUUUCGUUUUCUGACUCACAGCUUGAAAAGGCUGCCAGACUUUCAGAUUUUG